AAUGAACUGUAGUUCAUGCUGCAGAAAGCUACGCUGCACCGCGGGGCUGUAUUUCUCACUUCCCAGAGCGGCUCCUCUGAAAAUUCUGUGUUCUCCCCCAGCCCCGUUCUCUCCAGCUGCCCUCCAAGACUGUGUCCUUUAUCCUUUGGCGAAGGAGUUGAGUUUGACCCUUUACCACCAAAGGAAAUAAGGUACACAUCCUCAGUUAAAUACGACUCGGAGAAGCACUUCAUCGAUGACAUCUAUAUGCCAGUGGGCUUAAGCGUUUCCUCUUGCAGUCAGACAAUCAUCUGUGUCCCAGACUGCACGUGGCGCAGUUACAAAUCUGAGGUCCACUUCGAGCCCCGCAACAAGCCCCAGCGUUUCACCAGCACCACCAUCGUCUACCCGAAGCACGCCAAGACUGUGUACACCACCACGCUGGAUUACAACUGUCGUAAAACCACGCGGCGGUUCCUCUCCAGCAUAGAGCUGGAAACGUCGGAGUAUCUUGGGAACGACUGUGGCCUGGACGGAUGCUGACUGACAGCCGUCUCUCUUGCUCUGAUCCAUCCCAGUCCCGUCUAACGUACUGUGCUAACUCUCCACUAGCUAAAGCGGGUGCAGACCCCAACUUCCUGGUCAGGCUAAGGGAACCUUACCUGUCACCACCUCUUUCUCAGCUCUUAAUUCCUGCUUUAAGCAUCAGAACGGCCUGAACGCAGUUUUCUGUGGGAACAGAACUUAGUAAGGAACUUUUUCUUUGCCUUUAAAGUCAUGAAUUCCCUCCCCUUCCCCGCAGUGCAGCAAUCAGAUGAAAAUAAUGGGAAGUAUUUUCCUGGAGAAAAAAGCGACAGAUAAGAAAGAAUGUGGGAUAGAACCUGGCAGGUGGAAAUCUAUUUGAUGCUUUGUGGUCUUGCACAAAAACAAGGGCAGUUCACUCUCUCGCAGAGAAUCCACCAGGUCGUUAGGUUACUGAUAGCCAGAGCUGUCAUUUAUUUCACUUUAGAUCAUAAGACUGUUUUCUCUAGAACCACCACCUCCUAGAAAUAGCUGGGAAAAGCUAGCAGAAAAAAAAUCUAGAAUUCUGCAUUUAACAGAUAUAAAAAAAAAUGUUAUCCUGUGGCAUUUGUGUCGGGUUUGAAGGUGUGAGUUGGAAAGAAGAGGAAUUCUGAGUAGAACAGGAGAUAAACUGCCAGGCAGCAGAGAAAGGAUCAGGUCAGUCAAGUUCUUUAGGUGAACGGCGCGAUGUCUCUUCUGUACUUAACAGUGACUCCUACAGCGCUGUAGUCUGUAGCACACUAGCAUUUGUGUGUGUGUAGUGGACUUGUAAUGAAGAAUAUCAGGCCAAAAAUUCCCCCUGUGUUGAUGGAAAGACAGGUCUUGACUAUGUGGUGGUGGAAAAACACCGGUGCCUCCUUUUUACUGACAUUGUACUGCCUGCCCUAAGGGAGUUAUCGCUAGAAAGUUUCAGAAAAUGCACAGUGUGUACAGGGACUGGAAUGGAGCAGGAGAUGCUGGGGUCGGGCGUGAGAGGCUGUCGUGGUAGGGGUUGUGACGAGGUGGAUGGUGGCAAAGGACGGGCAAAUUAUUAUUGUGUAACAAAAUCCCCAGCUGUAGCUCUGCUUCCCCACUGAGCUCAUUGCGUGUCCUCUCUGGACUUUGGUAUUCAGGAUGUCACUGGGAUGGGGCAGCCUUUGCCUGUCUGUAGGCUGCUGAAUAACCCCUCCAGUCCCACGUGUGUGAUGAGUUUGGGGACCAAAGGGAAUUACUUCAGAUACUAUGAAAGUCCAUCUGGAUCUUGCAUGCCUUAGUUCAUCAUCUGCUUCGAUGAAAAUAACACAGAGAGGGUUCUUACUUUACCCAGAUGGUUUUUUCUAUAUUGACAGAGAGCAGUGUAGUGUGGGGAGCAUCUGCUUUUGGGAGUGUGGCUUAUGUUGGUGGCUCGUGUGGUGUAGCAGCUCAGAAGCACUUGGUAGACUUGAGUUAGCUGGACACAGCUUUUCCAUGUAUUCCAAAACUCCUCUGAGCUGUGGGUCACCUUCCGGUGCAACAUCAGCCCUGGACCUGCUUUUAAAGAGGACUUUGCUAGUGCGUAGCCCCAAGGGUGAGUUUUGUGGUGAGUGAGAAACUCGGGCGCCUGUUCUUGAGCUGUGCUUACUUAAUGCGUGUUUGUGCAAGUGUGAUGGAUGGUGUGAAAGUGCACUCUCGUGUGAGCUGAAACGGUUUGGGAGACUAAAAAUGCAGCAUGAAGGAAGGCUUAAGUUCGUGUGGUUUGGUUUUUUUGUUGUUGUUUUUUUACUUAUUUAUUAGCUCAGAACAGAACGUCCUUAAUCUGUGGUAUUUGCCUCAGUAAAUCAGAUCCCAAAACAAUUCCAGGGUGACAGAGAAUGCCAAAGUCAGGUAGGCAUUGCUCCAGAGUUGUUAAGAGCAGCACGGUCUUCUCAUUAAACAUGUUGGUUUCAGACUAUUUAGGUGUGUCUUAAAUACGUGUUGCGAUUCUCCCCUAAACAUCACCCCAAGAUACUCCUGUGGUGUAACAGAAGGCUCAGCUCAGCCCCUGAAGGGGUGUGGGGGGGUUCGAACGGACAGAACUCCCCUUUGCAUCGUUGCUUGCUUCGCAGUUUCGUGUACCUUGCUCCUGAAACAUCUGGUGCUGGCCACUGUGGGACGCAGGAUGCUGGAAGAACACGGGCCCUGGAUUGCUCCAACAACGCUCUUCCGAUGAGUUCAUUUGCCAGACAUCUAAGAGAAGAUUAUUUUAAGUUGUAAUGAUCAAUCGUCCCUAGUUAGAAAUGAAAUGACCCUUACACUAUGGUUUUAGGAUAAAGCACCUGAUUUUUUAUAAAGCAAACUUAAUUAUGUACCUCUUAAAAAUAUUUUAAUUGGUAGAGAUACAUUUUAAAUUAUUUAUGUUCCAACAUUUGCAAAGCUCUGAUUAGCUCUGUGCAAGUGUUCUGAUGUUUGUGACAUUUCCUACCCUCCCUUCUAAUUUUCAAUUUGUCUUUUACUUUAUUGGUAAUAAAUGAUCUGAAAACCAUCA